UCCAUUGCUACGGAAUAUCUUAUCCUCCGCCGUAGCUCAGAAUCCUUCAACUGACAACAUGGCGAGUGUUCGUGCUGCCUCCCGUCUCCUCUCAAAGAGGGUAUUAUCUAAAACAAAAUCAGUCCCUGCUGCUGCAGUCCAGGGAUCCAGGGACUUUCACUUCUCCAUCUAUGGCAAGAAGAAUAAUGCCAAAGUAUCAGAUGCAAUUUCUACUCAGUACCCAGUAGUAGAUCAUGAGUUUGAUGCUGUGGUGGUAGGAGCUGGAGGAGCAGGACUUAGGGCAGCUUUUGGGCUGUCCGAGGCUGGCUUCAACACCGCCUGCGUCACCAAGCUCUUCCCCACCAGGUCUCACACUGUCGCUGCACAGGGUGGGAUUAAUGCAGCUCUGGGGAACAUGGAGGAGGAUGACUGGAGGUGGCAUUUUUAUGACACAGUGAAGGGAUCUGAUUGGCUGGGAGACCAGGACGCUAUCCACUACAUGACAGAGCAGGCCCCUGCAGCCGUAGUGGAGCUGGAGAACUUUGGCAUGCCCUUCAGCCGCACUGACGAUGGGAAGAUCUACCAGAGGGCAUUCGGAGGUCAGAGUCUCAAGUAUGGAAAAGGAGGACAGGCCCAUCGCUGCUGCUGUGUAGCAGACAGGACAGGACACUCACUUCUGCAUACACUUUAUGGACGGUCGCUUCGUUACGACACCAGUUACUUUGUGGAGUACUUUGCCCUGGACCUGCUGAUGGAAAACGGCGAGUGUAAAGGAGUGAUCGCUCUCUGCAUGGAGGACGGAUCUAUUCAUCGCUUCAGAGCCCAGAAUACUGUUAUUGCCACUGGGGGUUACGGAAGAACCUAUUUCAGCUGCACAUCUGCCCACACUAGUACUGGAGAUGGAAAUGCAAUGGUGACCAGAGCUGGCCUGCCCUGCCAGGAUUUGGAGUUUGUACAGUUCCAUCCCACUGGGAUCUACGGAGCUGGUUGUCUGAUCACAGAGGGUUGCCGUGGGGAGGGAGGGAUCCUGAUCAACAGUGAGGGAGAGCGCUUCAUGGAGCGCUAUGCACCCAACGCUAAAGACCUGGCCUCCAGAGAUGUGGUGUCCCGCUCCAUGACCAUAGAGAUCAGAGAGGGCAGGGGUGUUGGUCCAGAGAAGGACCACGUGUACCUGCAGCUUCACCACCUGCCUCCCCAGCAGCUGGCCACAAGGCUGCCUGGUAUCUCAGAGACGGCCAUGAUCUUUGCUGGAGUGGACGUCACUAAAGAUCCCAUCCCUGUCCUGCCCACCGUUCAUUACAAUAUGGGUGGAGUACCCACAAACUACAAGGGACAGGUGAUCACUUAUACCGACGGAGCGGACAAGGUGGUUCCUGGACUGUAUGCCUGCGGUGAGGCGGCAUGUGCCAGUGUCCACGGUGCUAACCGGCUAGGCGCUAACUCUUUGUUGGACCUGGUGGUGUUCGGCAGAGCCUGCGCCCUCACCAUAGCCGAGGAGCACAAACCUGGAGAGAAACUGUCCCCACUGGCGCCCAGUGCAGGAGAAGAGUCUGUGGCCAACCUGGACAAGCUGAGGUACGCCAACGGAAGCCUGAGAACCUCCGAAAUCAGGCUCAACAUGCAGAAGACCAUGCAGGCCCACGCUGCUGUGUUCCGUACCGGCUCCGUUCUGAAGGAGGGAUGUGAAAAGAUGGACGCCGUUUACCAGACCUUGGCUGACAUCAAGACCUUUGACAGAGGCAUUGUGUGGAACACAGACCUGGUGGAAAGUUUGGAGCUGCAGAAUCUGAUGCUGAAUGGCGUCCAGACCAUCAACUCUGCUGAGCAGAGAAAGGAGAGCAGGGGAGCCCACGCCAGAGAGGAUUUCAAGGAUCGUAUCGAUGAGUUCGACUUCGCUAAGCCCCUGCAGGGUCAGGAGAAGAAGCCCUUCGAGCAGCACUGGAGGAAACACACUAUGUCCACAGUCGACACUAAGACUGGAAAGGUGACCCUGCAGUACCGCCCUGUUAUUGACAACUCUCUGGAUGAGCAGGAAUGUGCCCACGUCCCUCCUGCCAUCCGCUCCUACUAGAAGGACAUUCAAUUCAAUACACUCAUUUAUCUGCUAUUUAUCAAGAUACUUUUCAUGUAAUCAAGAUGACAUUUCAGGAGAAACUAUGCUCAUAGUUGCACAUGUGUAUCCAUUUCAGAAUGGUUAAAUACAAAGGUGUCUUUAAACUUCUUCCUUUCGUCUCACCUUCCUGUUCCUCUGUGUGUUUUGCCUUGAUUUAAUCUGCGUGCAGCAGAUAUGAUUCAGCAUGGUUACCUCUCACUCAGUGUGAGCUGAUCUUGUAUAUAUUAUGAGGCAUUCAGAACAAGUGGGUGACUUUGUAGCCUCUAGCUGAAGAACAAAAAUAUAUAGAAUAGUUCAAAUGUGUUUCACUACUUAAGCGUGGCUUUCUGUGCUGUCAUGGCCUUGCAAUGCAGUCUUUGAUUUUAACUUUUAGUUUUUCGCUUUCUGAAGUAAAGAGAUGGUGGAAAUGAUUGCAAUUUUAAAUGCACAUCUUGCCGACUAGCAGCAAAGAGACGUUUUAAGUAUGUAAAUAUUGCUUAAAUGUACAAUAAACAUGACAAGUUAUACUGUAUGUACUUGGUGGAGUAUGAGAUAGUCUUUUUUCACUCAUUAUGGCCUUCAGUGUUUUUGCUUUUUUUUUUAUAUGCGAGUGUGGUCCAAAUUAUAAAGUACAUCAUCUAUCUCAUGCUCAGAUCAUCAGCUGAAUUGAGCUUCAGUUAUCUAUAGUUCGUUUAAGGUUAACCAAAUGAAGCAGCUCGACGCGUGUAUGUAUUUAGACACAAUAUUGUAUCUGUUAUAUAUCUGUUGGAACAAUGGCUUCUUUCUACAUUUUGGUGUCGCUGAACACUGAGGAUAAAUUCCAGUCAGUGUCGAACGCAGAACUUUUUAGGUUGCUGAUAAGUGUUCAUCCGUAGUGGAAGUAGACUUGAAAUUCCCACUAACUGGAACAUCCCAAAUUUUCUGCAACUCCACAAAUGACUUUGAAAGAUUAAAUCGGUUCUGUCACGACGCCAUGCUUCUUGUAUUAAUCGUAGAAAGGGUGACUUAAUUUAUUUGCCUGUUAUUAAAAAGUUCUAAGUAAAAAAACAAUAUCUGGUACUGACAAUUGUACUUAUUUUUCACAAGUUCAAUAAAGUGUAGACUAUGCAUAGAAACAA